AUGAUCAACUACAAUCUUUUCCCAUUCCAGUAUGCUCAUGAGAGUAAGAAGGUGGUGAGCAGAAGUUCACCGCCUGUCAACUCUCAACCUGGUGUGGUUCUUUUCGGUAGUAAAGGGCCUUAUAAUUUCUUGCAUGGAAUUGACCUCUCAAAAUCACUUCUUUACACUCCUCUUAUUUUUAACCCGCUUGGAAGAGAUUCUGAUCCAAAUACCCACAGACUCUCUCCUGAAUAUUAUGUAGGGCUGACUUCAAUAAAAGUGAACGGAAAGAUGGUGGCUUUUAACAAAGCGCUGUUGGCCAUUGAUGAUCAGUCUGGUUCUGGGGGGACCAGGAUCAGCACUCUUGUGCCAUACACAAAGUUACAGAGUUCUAUUUACAAGGCUUUUACUCUAGCUUUCUUGAAGGAAGCAGCUUCCUCUGCUUUCAAUCUUACUACAACAAAGCCUGUCAAGCCAUUCAGAGUCUGCUACCCUGUAGGUGCUGUGAAGACUACACAAAUGGGACCGGCUGUACCAUUAAUCGAACUUGUGUUGGAUAGACAAGAUGUGGUUUGGAAGAUGUUUGGAUCAAACUCUAUGGUGAGGGUUACAAAGAAGAGUGUUGAUCUUUGGUGCUUGGGUUUUGUGGAUGGUGGGAUUGAUGGCCCAUCGAUCAUUAUUGGUGGUCUUCAGUUGGAGGACAAUUUGCUACAAAUCGAUCUACAGUCAAAGAAACUGGGUUUCAGUUCAUCAAUUUUGUCUAAGGGGACCAAAUGCGCAGACUACAAAUUUCCUACCAGAAAUGUCUAAAAAGAUGAUGUAUUUAUAAUAUCCAUCAUGUACUGUAUGCAUGCUUUCGUUGAGUUUUUCUACCUUCGUUAAGCUAAGGGGCAAAGACAGGCCUAUCUAGCUUUGUAAUAAGAGUUCGUGCUCUCAAAUAAAUGAAUAAAAGGAUGCAUACAUUAAAAGAAA